UAGCUUUAAACCGUAGCUGAUAAUCAGCCAAUCAUAACACAGUUGUUGGUCAUAUGACAUGAAUCGAUAAAUUUUCUCUACUUGUAAGGUAUUCAUUAUCGCUUUGGAUUUACUAACAGCAGAGGCAAAUAUUAAAUAUGGCAUCAACAAAUAAAGAAUUACCUGAAUAUGUUGAAACAGACAACGCAAGUCUUCUAUAUAUUAAAGAAAUUAAAGAAGAGGAAACGGGCGAGUCAUUGAGAUACGUUGCUUGCUCAGAGAAAACAUAUAAUGUGUGUUAUCCACCUGAAAAGCCUCAAGUACGGUAUACAUUAAGUUUCAGCAAAAGACAGGAUCUAGGUUUCGAGCACUAUCAAUGUUCUCAAAAUAAAAAUGACUUAGGUUCUGGGUCAGAUUCUGGUGAAGAAGAAAAUAGCCCUUACGGCUCACCGGAAGCAAUUGCGCCGUCAGGAAGAAAACCAAAGGCAGUGGUAUCAAUGCGACAAAGACCUGACUAUGAUUACUAUGCGUUUGCAGCAUACACUGAACAAAAACGACCUGUAGUUAUGGCAAACGAGAAUAUAAGACAGCAGGAUAGUGAACCAUAUGCAAACGAAGAGACAUGCAUAAACGGAAACGGUACUCUUGCCUUAUCCGGAUCCUCUACAGAAACAACAACACCUUUAUACAAAAGGAAUGGUUAUUGUUUGGCGCCCCUGGGCGAAAUGACAACACAGUCCAAUGAUACAAGCAAGAUCUACACCAAACGACUUGAACCAUUCAACCGUCUUCCUACAAAAGAUAAGUUUGAGGAUGUUAAUAUGCGUCUUGCAACCUUCUUCGAACAGGUAGAUUGGCCACAUACAUAUCCAACUGCUGAAAUGAUGGCCAGUGCAGGUUUUAUUUUCAAAGGUGUAUAUACAGUGAACGAGACGACGACAAUUUAUGACAUGGUUGAAUGCUACAAGUGUGGAGGGACGCUUUAUGGGUUCACAGAAACGGAUGAUCCCGCUGAAGAACACAGAUCGCAUUAUCCAAAUUGUAAUUGAAAAAGAUAGAAUAGCAGCAUGCUUGACAAAUAAAUUGUUGGCGGAAAGGAACAUCCAAUUUCUAAUGCUUACAAUAUCGGUUAUGUAGCUGGGAAUGCAGUACGAUUAUAUGCGUAUUAAAUGAAUUAAUUUUAACGAAAUUAAUAACAAAGAACGAAUGGCAGUCACUAUUGUGAUUUUCUUGAAUAUAUAAUCACAUAAUAUACGAUUAAACAGUCAAUAAGUAUUGUAUCAUUGGCUUAAUUAUCUGCAAGCAGCCAUGAUUACAGAUGUACGAUGAAAUAAUCUAGUUGCAACUAAAAAAAUCCAAAUACGUGUUGAAUCAGAUAUGGAUGAAACAUUCGAUGUCAAUUAUCUAAGUAAUGUAACUGCUUGAGUGUACAUGAUUUUUACAAAUAGCACAUCGAUAACACAAACGUUUAUUGAUCUAAACUGUUGAUACGAUUAAUUAUCAAUAUUGUUAUUUUAUAUGCACUACCUGUAGACUGGUAUGAUACACUACAUAAAGAAAUCUAUUUGAAAUGUAUCAGAUAGACUUUAGGUCAAAUAUAUUUAUAUAAUUUUAUAAGCAUUACCAAGUUUCGAUUUCCUUUUUUUCAGAUUUCCCAAAACCGUUAUGUAGCUAAUGACAUUGUUAAGGCUAAUUACUAGCCAUUUGCAUGUUUAUUGUUUAUUAAAUCAUAAUCCAAAUUCGGCAGUUUGGAACCAGCACUAAAAUAUAUGUAUUAAUCUAAUUAUGUAGAUGCGACAAACUAUAUAACUCCACCGCCGAAAUUAUAUUGCACCUGAGUGUAUUCUUUUUACAUGUCACACCAACCAGUUAACGGUUAAAAAUGAAAAUGGUUCAACAGUGUAGGUCUCAAAUUGUGACCUACGUUUGAUUAUGGUGUAGAUUUAUGUUUAAAUUAACUAUUGAAUAUUUCAUCAAUAUUUUACCAUCAUUACUUUUUUGUGUUUGAAAAGAAGAAGAAAUAACCAAUGUUUAUAAACUGCCUACCAAGUUUAUUGUGAGGGCUUUUUUUAUCGAUUUCUUUACAAACAAUUGGUUCUAUUGAUUUAGAUAGUUUUUUGUUUAAAAGCUACAUAACAUGACAAAUGCUCUUACCACCAAUUGUAAAUGGCUGUAAAUAAAAAAUAUAUGUGAAUAUAUAUGUAGUCCUUAAAUCUCCGAAAUCUUCUCACAAUACAUUACGGUAUAUACAGACAUACGUUUUGCAGUGGUUUUCAAAUCUGUGUGUGUUUGUCCUCUUUUGUAAACAGUUUUAAAAUGUAUAGUUUUUUUCAAUGUUUAUUUUGCAAAUAAGUGUAUCUUUUAAAAUGACCAGUCUGUUUCAAAGCUUUAAUGCAAAUAAGUAUAUCUUUUAAAAUGUAUAGUCUGUUUCAAAGAUUUUUUGCGAAUAAGAAUAUCUUUUAAAGUGUAUAGUCUGUCCCAAAGCUUUUUAUGUAUGAGUAUGUUUAUUAUGUAUGGAAUAGUUAGCAAUUGAUAUCAUGUGACUUAUGUUCUUGUAUAUAUUGUAAAUAUGUUCCCUCAUGGACCAGUCUGGUCUACUGGCUUUGUGAAAUAAAGAUACAAAAGAUAGAGAUAUUCCAAGAAUAGAUUUAGUAGAAAUAAUGUUAUAUAUAAUGUCUUGAAGUAUCCUGUAAAUAAUUCUUUAAUUCAAUGAUAUGUGUUUGUAU